AUGUUCACCUGGUCUGUGGAUGAAUUCCCGCAGCUCGGAGCUGGCAGCACACAAGCUCCCCUCCUGGGCUGCUGGGCGAAAAAGACACCACAGGUUGCCGCAGCCCCCGUGAGCACGGUUGCCGCAGCCCCCGUGAGCGCGAUUAUCGAAAGAUCUUCAGUCGGAGGGCCCGGCGGCAUGCAGAACAACUGGAAGCCAGCUGGGUCAAAGAAAAAGCACCAGAAAGGCUGGCAGAAAUCCCCGUGGUACGGGCAUGAGCCCGGCUCCCGCCAGAACAACUGGCGGGACUCUCACAAGAGCUUUCACGGAUCAGCUGCGGGGCCGAACAAAUGGGUGUGGCGCGUGAAAGGUGCCUGA